AUGGAGCUCUUCGAGACCAACCCGUACUUCUUCCCGGAGCAGAGGUUUUACGAUGGGGAAAACUUUCUGGCGUCCCGCUUGCAGGCCUACGAGCCCGCGGCGUUCCCCGAGCGCGCCGAGGCGGCCCUGUGUGCCCAGGGCAGGGUGGCUCCGGAGGACAAGGAGGCGCUGGCCGAGCACUGUCCCGGGCAGUGCCUGCCCUGGGCCUGCAAGGUGUGCAAGAGGAAAUCGGUGUCCAUGGACCGGCGGCGAGCGGCCACGCUGCGGGAGAAGCGGCGGCUCAAGAAGGUGAACGAGGCGUUCGAGGCUCUGAAGCGCAGCACCCUCCUGAACCCCAACCAGCGGCUGCCCAAGGUGGAGAUCUUGCGCAGCGCCAUCCAGUACAUCGAGCGGCUGCAGAGCCUGCUCAGCUCCCUCAACCAGCAGGAGCGGGACCAGCGGGACCUCGGGUGCGGGGGUGGUGCCCGUGCGGGGAUGCCCAGCGAGUGUGGGUCUGGCAGCUCCUCCUGCAGCCCUGAGUGGAGCAGCCAGCUGGAGUUCGGCACCAACCCUGCAGAUCACCUCCUGGCCAGUGAGGCAGCCGAGGAGCGCAACCUGCACUCGCUGUCUUCCAUCGUGGAGAGCAUUGCUGUGGAGGACGUGGCUGUGACGUUCCCAGAGGAGCGGGGUCAAAACUGA